ACUGAAAAUGCUGAAAUUCCUGAACUUAGGAAUAAAUUGUUAAAGUUUGCCGAAGCUGAAGUUGAAAACAAGAGGCUGAGACAGAUUAUUAAAGAGAAUUCUAGAUGUGAUGCAGAGUUUAAGAGCAGAAUUGAGGA